CGUGAUGCUACGGAGCAUGGAGAUGUGGCCCCGAACUCCACCGGCGCCAUGUUGGAAGCUGGAGGGCGGCGCUAUAAGUACAUCCGGGUCAUUGAGCCGGGCGGAGACAAUGAAGUUAUGAGAUGCCACAGAAUCUGUUAUUACAAUUCAGGUGAAAGUUAUUCCCGUUCUGUAUAAAUCACUGAUGCACUGAGGAUGGACAAAGACAAGAGUGACAGGAUAUUACAUCUCACCCUGGAGAUCAUCUACGUGCUGACCGGGGAGGACUACACGGCACUGAUAGAGAGAUCUGGUGAGUGUGUGACACCCAGGAGCCAUCCCCAUGUGUCAGGAGGAUGGAGCAGGACCCAGAGCCUCAUCCCGAUGCCUCCACCUCACUCCCUGAUACAUGAGAGAGACAGUGACCAGAAGAUCCUGGAACUGACCAAUCAGAUCAUUGAGCUGGUGACAGAAGAGGUUUCUAUACAGUGUCAGGAGGAGAUGGAGAAGUCAGAAGGACACCGGGAUCUGUAUGAGGAUGUGAAGAUGGAGAAUCACUGGCCCCUCUCAUCACUGGAUGGGUCCAGGAGCAGAAAUACCACAGAGACAGAUCUCCACCAUCUUCAUCCACAGGACUGUACAGAGGAGAAUCACUGGAUCCCACAGGAGGAUCAGACUGACGUCCUGACUACUAUUAAAGUAGAAUUUCAAGAGGAGGAAGAGACGUAUGUGAGGGGUGAUCAGCUGUGUAAGGAGGAGGAAAUCCCUACAGAUAUCAGCGCAGCUGAUAGAUGCGAACACGGGGAUAUGUUGGAGGGACAACUCCUUUUAUCUACAGAUUUAAAAACUGAAGCAAACGUUGUGCAAGACGCUCCAGGAGAAACCCCUAUUAUGCUAAAUCUAUAUUCAGUACUUCCAAGUGCAGAUAAAUCAUCUGAUCUCUUUAAUCAUGAGCAAUGUUCCCCUGAUAAAAUAGACAUUGCUACACAUGGUGCAGCCCAUUUUGAUGACAUAAUGAUUCCAUGUUCUGAUGGUGGGAAAUGUUUUACCACUAAAUCAUCUCUUCAUAAACAUCAGAGAACUCGCAUAGGUAAGAAACCAUUUUCAUGUUCUGAGUGUGGAAGAUGCUUUAAACACAAAUCAUCUCUUGCUGAACAUCAGAGAACUCACACAGGUGGGAAUCACUUUCCAUGUUCCGAGUGUGGGAAAGAGUUUACAGAUAAAUCAUCUCUCCUUGAGCAUCAGAGAUCCCACACUGGUGAGAAUAUCUUUUCAUGUUCUGAAUGUGGGAAAGAGUUUACAAACAAAUCAAGACUUAUUAGACAUCAUAGGACGCACACAGGUGAGAAACCAUUUUCAUGUUCUGAGUGUGGGAAAUGUUUUACCAACAAAAAGCAACUUCAUAUGCAUCAGAGAACCCACACAGGCGCGAUACCGUUUCCAUGCCCUGAGUGUGGGAAAUGUUAUACAUACAAGGGACAUUUUAUUAUACACCAGAGAAUGCACACAGGUGAGACACCAUUUGCAUGUUCUGAUUGUGACAAAUGUUUUACAAACAAAGCGCAACUUACUAAACAUCAAAGAACUCACACAGGUGAGACACCGUUUUCAUGUUCUCAGUGUGGUAAAAGUUUUAUUAACAAGGCACAACUUAAUAAACAUCAGAGAACUCACACAGACAAGAAACAGUUUCCAUGUUCUGCGUGUGGGAAAUGUUAUACAUCUAAAUCCUCUCUUGUUAAGCAUCAGAGAAUGCACACGGGUGAGAGGCUACUCACAUGUUCUGAAUGUGGCAAAUGUUCUACCAACAAAUCACAAUUUAUUAAACAUCGGAGAACUCACACAGGCGAGAGGCCAUAUCCCUGCUCUGAAUGUGGGAAAUGUUUUCCAGACAAGGCUCAACUUCUUACACAUCAGAGAACUCACACAGGUGAGAGGCCAUUUCUAUGCUCUGAGUGUGGAAAAUGUUUUACAACUAAACCCUCUCUUGUUGAGCAUCAGAGGAAGCACACAGGUGAGAAACCAUUUCUGUGUUCUGAGUGUGGGAAACGGUUUAUACAGCAAUCAAUACUUAUUCGACAUCAGAGAACUCACACAGGAGAGAAACCAUAUUCAUGUUCUGAGUGUGGGAAAUGUUUUACAAUGAAAACACAUCUUAUUAAUCAUCAGAGAACUCACACAGGCGAGAAACCGUUUUCUUGUUCUAAGUGUGGGAGAUGGUUUACACACAAACACAGUCUCGUCAGACAUCAGGGAACUCACACGGGUUAGAAGUCAUUUCCGUGCUCUGAGUGUAAGAAAUGGUUUCCACGCAUCAGAUCUUGUUCAGCUUCGGGAAAAUUAUCUUAGAAGAAAAGUAGCUGGACAUAAAACGUGGGAGUUGCUUGACACUAAAUACUGUAGAAGCCGUUUAUAUUAGCGCAGUUUGAUAGAUAUAGUUUAUAAAAAUUGUUCAUUUGACAUCUUUGAAUUGAUCUCGUAAAUCAAUGUUCCAGCCUCACAGUAUGUAUAAACAAUGUAUCAUUGAAAUUGCCAUGGAUUGAUAUGCUACGUCUGUCACCAACAUAAGAUGGGAACAGAUCUCUUGCAUGGAACUUAGGGCAGGCUACUGACUUACACACUGUCGCCACGCACCACAGUAAUAGCUACACUUUGUUGUUACAUACGGUAUGAGUAGCAAUGGGCUGGAGGUAUAAUAUACAGGGGACACUGGGGCAGAUUUAUUAAGCCUGGUGAAGUGAUAAAGCCAAUGAGCUCCUAACUUCCAUGUCACAGGCAGGGUUUGAAAAAUGAGUUACGAGCUGAUUGGCUGGUCCUUUAGCACCUUCCACUUUAUCACUUCUCCAGGCUUAAUAAAUCUGCCCAGUAUGUUUGUACGUAUUCUCUAAUUGAAGCUGCAAGACGGGCCAUAUAAUUAGGUCAGUAAUCUGAGUAGCUCACGGGGGAUCUUUUACGAUGCUGCAAAAAUGUGCUCCUACGGUACAAAUACAAUUGCGUGAUCCAUGUGGCUGUUUUUGUACAAACGCUCCCAUUUGUACGUUAUCCUCAUCACUUAAAAAGGACUCACAAUAUUUAGACGUGGAGAGGUCAGGAUUUGGCUCAUAUCUUUAUACAGUGGUGCUGGAAAGUUUGUGAACCCUUCAGAAUUUUCUAUGAUUCUGCUGAUAUU